AUGGCUCACACUCCCCCUCCGUUCACCCUGCCACUGGAGCUCUUUUAUCACGUCUUCGAAUGGUUGUGGAAUGAACCGUACACCCUCCAGGCGAUCUCUAUCUCAUGCAAAUCAUUCUCGCCGCUCGCCCGCAAGCUCUUAUUUCACCAUAUCGACCUCACAGACAACAUGACAACCAAGUUCACGCGCCUUCUCGAGGCAAACCCGAGUAUCUCCGCUUGCGUGGAGAUCCUCGCCGUUUGUGACCUCAGAAGACAUCUUCGCGACGCUCUAGGCACGCGCCCUUGUAUAUCCUUCCAGCGCUUCACUCACGUCCGCCGAUUGGUUCUCCGCGGACUGGCCGUUCGCCACGUCGACGCCAUCACUACUAUCCUUGCUGUCCUUCCUUCCCUGAAACAUCUCGAAAUCUCCCAGGUGGAUGAAAUGCGACAACCCUUUGUCGAUUCAGAGUACGUUGGGCUCGUAUCACCAUCCGUGGACGUCCAGAUAGAAGACGGCUCGCAGGAGCGAAUACCGCUGGACAAGCGACGGCCUUUUCCUCGAUUGACAAGCCUGACGGUGAAGUACUCCGAUAUCGACCACCCUCGUCUCGUGAACAACAUCGUCCGGUGUUUCGACCUGAGCUCCAUUCAGUGUUUGGAGUUGUCACUUCCGACGAACAUUGCCUACUGGAUUCCUGUCCUACGUGAGGCCCACAGUUCUCUGUGUAUGUUCUACGCCUACUUCAGAGACGGACCUCUUCCUCCGGAUGCCGGUGAUAACGCUUCCGAACACGCCGGCUGUGAUAGCCUUGUCUCCCUGACCCUCACAUUUCCGCCAUCGCCCGUUGACCUCCAGUGCCAAUCCCUCGACGCGCUCAGCUCAUUCCUCGCUCGCUCCCUGUCUCCCCUCCCCAGCCUCACCCACCUCAUGAUCAUCACCCACCUGGACGCCAACGCGGUGGAACACCACGGCCGCUCAUGCGAGCGCGUCGCGCGCGCACUCGUCGCCCACAAGGCGCAGCGCUAUCCGCGCCUCGCGAAACUCACCUUCGCCACCAACCAAUUGCGCUCGCCCAACAAUGGGGACGUUGAAGACAUGGUGGCCCGCUGGCGCGGGUUACUCGCGCAUAGUGUCAGAGAUGACGAUGGUUUCAAGCUGGAGGUCACAUCUAAACCGAUCGGACCCAAGUUCGGGCCAGGGAUGUUGUUGUUCUGA